CUGAUGGUCCAUUUGGUCCUGGAGCGUCCACGGGAAUCGGUGCUGCCGUUGCUCAUUCAACAUUGCAUUGGAUCCAACAGAGAAUCCAGCAAAAACCCCGGGCGGACGGAUGUUUCCAAAAAGCCCUUCUGGAGCAUUGCCUUCCCCAUCUACUAUGUCCUGCUGAGCUUUACCUGCAACGUGCUGUUCCUGGUGGGAUCAUGCCUUUUUUUGCCCAUUAAGAGCUCGCAGGCAAGUGUAUCCUUCACUUUUGUGGUGGAGAACAUUGAUGUGGACAAAGUGAUGACUUCCAACAAAGGAGACCUUUUUGAGCAACUUGAGAACAACUUUACAGGCGCCUUAGCUUCGGACCAGAGCAAUCGAAUCAAGCCGCAUCACACGCAUUUCCAGUGGAGAAAGACCACCUCGUGCAGCCUCGAUGAAGCGAUGCUCUUCGAUGUGAACAUCUAUCCACGCGAUGGGAAUAACAUCACUGCCUUGCAGUCCUCCUUGCCAUCUGUGCAAACCAUCUCCCAUGCCUUAAAUCGUUCCUUUGCAGCCAAUGGGAUCGACAAAGUCGCUACUGGCCAGGUUCAGGUGAACAUUGUGAACCGCCCACGCAUCAUGGAAACCUCAGUGGUUCAAAAGUGGGCCGUGGAUUUUGGCUGCACACUUUUCAUCAUUGGAUCAGCUCUCUUGGCAGCCAUCUCUGGUCUGGAUUUACUGGAAGACAUGCUCACCUGUGGUCUGAAGCUGCCAAGUCCUAAGACCCUGACCCAGGGGUACGAAUUCCUGGGAAGUGAGCCAUCUUCGACAUUGCCACCUGACGCUCCCGUGGUUGUGAGUGCUCGGGCCGAACGUCUGUUGUACCUCACCGGCGGAUUGAUCUUUCUCAUUGGCACCUUCUACUUUCAGCAUCCACAGAUGGUCAGUUCGAGAGUACCCUCCGAAGUGAUGCAAGAUGAAGACGUGUUGUAUGCUGCCAUUUGGAUGUUUAUCAUUGGAUCCAUCAUUUUUGUGUUUGCAACAUUUCUGAAUGCUUUGUCCCUGAACUCUUCGGGUCGCACCUUUGCUCAUUGGGCUGUGGCCACUUGUGGCAUCUACGAGCUCGGCGGGAUUUUGUUCGUCAUGGGUUCGGUGUGUUUCAUGCCCAAUCAGGGCUGCAAGGAGGGUAUGGAAAUCCUUGGUGCCUGGUGCUUCAUUGUUGGUGCUGCAUGUUACAUGUUGGGAGACUUUAUUGAGUUCAUGAAGACGUGCGCUCUCAUCUUUCUACGCCUAAAACAAGAGGAAGCUGCACGUCAAAUCGAACGUGCGAUGCUCUGUUAUUUGUUCCGACGGCGACUUGAAAGUGUGGGGAGGUUGACACGCUCCCGCCCCGUACCGAGCAGCAAAUCAGCUCCUUCUAGGGGUCGACGAGAGAGUUUGAAAGAGGUGGGCUUGGUAAGAGCCUUUACAGAGGCAUUGGGACAGCAGCCGAUUAUCCAAGCCCUGCAACUCCGAGAUAUUCCCAAGUUGGAAUGUGCUGGUGCAUUUGAUCGCCGGAAGGAACUGUCGGCUCCUACAAGCUCUUGGCCCAUGGCUCGGCCCAUGGUCUGAGAUGGGGGUCUCAUCCUUUGAAAGCAUGAGACAGCCUUCGUUUCAGCGAUAGCGUGAUUGUUUCUGAAACUUAGCUGACUUAGCUCCUUUGAGCAUCGGCGUCCAUUGCCCAGAUCAGAUUGGAUUUCGAGAAUUCUGG